AUGGACUAUAGGUUGUGCUACAGCAUGGAGGCGACGGGGCAUUCUGGAGGUAUUUGGGUUUUGAUGGCGAUGUCAUGCUCUGCUAAGAUUUUUGACUUUGCUUCCCACCCUCAGGCCAUCUCGUUUACGGUUGUUGAAGGAAGCAAGAGCUGGGUGUGUACUGCCGUUUAUGCUAGUCCUCGGGUGGAACUUAGACAGCGGGUUUGGGCUCAUCUUCGGGAGUUGGGGGGACGAAUUACGUUGCCAUGGCUGGUGCUUGGAGAUUUCAAUGAAAUUAUGUUGUCAACGGAGUGUAGGGGUGGUCGCUUCUCGACAGCACGGGCUUCACAAUUUCUGGAAGUUCUGAAUGAUUGUAAUCUUCUUGACAUGGGGGCUAAGGGUCUCCGCUUCACGUGGGUUGUGCUGGCAAAGCGGCUAGACUGUGCAGUGUGCAAUGUUGCGUGGCAAGCAAUGUUUCCAGAAGCAUAUGUUGAGAAUCUGUGCAGGGUAUACUGUGAUCAUUGCCCUCUUUUACUGCGGCGUGAAGGCUCAAGAGACAAGGCUCAAGAUCGACCCUUUCAGUUCGAAGCUGCAUGGGCCACCCAUAAAGGUUUUGAGCGAAUUGUUAGGGAGGCGUGGGGCCGUAGCACGCCGACCCUUGCUAAUGGGUUACAGGCUGUUCGUGUUGAUGCCAUCAAGUUUAACAAGGAAGUGUUUGGGAAUAUCAUUACUAGAAAGAAGGCUCUCCAACGACGUCUCAGAGGGGUACAACUACAACUCGAGAUAGGGGAAUCAGAAAGCCUGUCACGCUUAGAAAAGACCAUACAAGCGGAGCUGGAUGAAACUUGUCUUCAGGAGGAGUACCUAUGGUUUCAUAAAUCUAGAGAAAAGUGGGUGAGGUUUGGGGACCGUAAUACGUCCUUCUUCCAUGCUCAAACACUCGCGCGAAGACGGAGAAACAAAAUUCAGGGGUUGUUUCUACCAGAUGGGUCUUGGCAUACGGAUCCUAUGGUAAUGAAAAAUGAGACAGUCCGAUUCGAUAAGGAGCUUUUCUCGAGUAAUAACGAACAAGGGCCUUUUUACAUGCAUGCUGGGGUGCCACCUGGCCUGGGAGUUGAGGCCCAAUCUGCCUUAACUGCCCCAGUCACGAAGGAGGAGGUUCGCCGGGCAGUGAUGAGAAUGAAGUCGUUCAAGGCUCCAAGGUCGGAUGGGUUUCAAUCGUUCUUUUUCAAGCAGUAUUGGCCUAUUGUAGGGGAGGAGUUAUGGCGUAUAGUGAAGGAUGCCUUUCGGUUGGGGUUCUCAGACAUAUCCCUCUUGGAGACACAAAUGGUGUUAAUUCCGAAGGUGGACCAUCCGGACGUCAUUGGCCCAUUCCAGGGCAGCUUUAUCCCCGGGAGGGGGACUCGCGACCAUAGUAUUAUUGCUCAAGAAGCCGUCCAUUUUGUACGGAAGGACGGUUCAGGUGUGGGUUCCUUGGCCUUAAAAAUUGACCUUGAAAAGGCAUAUGACAGGGUCAAGUGGGAUUUCUUGGAAUCUACGCUGGUGCAAUUUGGCUUCCCAACAGUCACUACUCAGCUCAUCAUGUGGGGGUUGAAGAAUUCGUCAAGGAAUGGAAGCACAUUACCGUCCUUUGUUCCGUCACGUGGCCUUCGACAGGGGGACCCAUUAUCUCCGUAUCUAUUUGUUUUCUGCAUGGAGCGCCUAGCUCUCAGGAUCUCUGAGUUGCUCCAGAUGGGUCAUUGGAAAUCGAUUCAGUUAUCCCCUGGGGGACUACCGCUUUCACAUCUUCUCUUUGCUGACGAUAUUUUAUUGUUUUGCCAAGCUACAGAGGACCAGGCUCGGUUGGUGGCGUCGACCUUGGAGGAGUUUUCGUGGUCAUCAGGCUUGAGAGUUAAUUUGACUAAGUCUAAGUUUGUGAGCUCUAGAAGGGUUUCACAUAGGAGGAUCGAUGCUUUGGAGGGCUUGCUCGGGAUUGGCCACACGGCUCAGAUCGGGAAGUAUUUGGGGGUUCCCAUGACUCAUGGUCAGCCAAGGUGCGCAGAUUUUUAUGAUGUGAUGGAUAAGAUCCAGGGUAGACUUGCGGCUUGGAAGUCUAAGCUCCUUAAUAAGGCAGGUAAGCUGUGCCUGGUGAAGUCUACCAUCUCCUCUAUUCCAGUUUAUAGCAUGCAAACAUUGUGGCUUCCUCAGGCAGUGUGCAAUAGAAUUGAUCAGGCUUGUCGUCGUAUGCUCUGGUCAAAAUCUGACAAUACUCGGUUUUGGUCCCCAGUGAGUUGGGCUGUUGUUACUCAACCCAAGGAGCUCGGUGGUCUUGGGGUUAGGGAGGCGCGAAGGGUUAAUGUAUCACUCCUUGGGAAGUUAGUUUGGGAUCUGCUGACAGCUCCACAGAAGCCUUGGGUUCAAAUCCUCAACAGCCUAUACCUACAUGGAAACUCUAUCUUGUGUGCCCAAAACAGGCGGGGUGCUUCUCCAAUCUGGUCAAGUCUGGUUAAGGCCCUUCCUUCUCUUCGUGAGGGUUUCGAGCCUCAGCUAGGGUCGGGUGCCUCAUCCCUUUGGUACACGGACUGGUCAGGUACUGGGCUUUGGUGCGGGAGAGUCUCGUUCAUUCACAUUGCGGACAUCAACAAAACGGUUGCCGACUGCUGGGUUAGUGGAGUUUGGAACUUUACUAACUUGCAUACUGUUCUCCCGACGGAGCUGUUAAGUUCGGUCCAACGGCUGACUGUCGUCAAUUCCUCUUUGGGGCUGGAUCACUUUGUUUGGAGGGGUGAUAACUCAGGUUGUUACACAGCGGCCGCUGGAUAUCGUUUUCUGACCCGGGUCUUGUCAACAAAGGGGGAUGUAGUUUGGAAGAAGGUCUGGAAGUUAAUGAUUAUAGAGAAGGUUAAGUUCCUUCUGUGGCAAUGCCUUCAUUCAGCCCUUCCAACUAACCAGGUUCGGGCUGAUAGGAGGCUCACUGAGUCCGGUGCAUGUUCGCAUUGCUCUUGCCCUCAUGAAACUAUCUUACAUGCACUCCGUGAUUGCCCGUACUCGCGAGAGGUGCUGAUGGCUGGCGGGAUCAGAACGGGGUGGUCCUUCUCGAAAAGAGAUUGUUUUCAGCGGCUAAAGGGGAUUAUUUUGCACACGGAUGUUAUUAAUCUAUCCAUCACCUUGUGGUGGGUUUGGAGGUUUAGAAAUAACAUGUUGUUCAACGGCGAGCUUUGGACGAUUUCGGCGGUCCGUCGGAAGGUGACACUGUCUACGGUGGAGAACAGUGUGUAUAAUGAUAAGCGGCGCUUGUGGAUGGAGCAACCUCUAUGGAGACCUCCGGAGCAUCCGUGGGCCAAACUCAACACGAACGGGAGUUGGUUGAGUGACAUUUCUACUAUGGGGAUGGGUGGAGUAAUUCGAGAUUGGGCAGGUAGGUGGCGGGGUGGAUUCUCGCGUGGAGCGUUAACUGGGGAUGCGUUACGUGCCAAGCUGUUGGCUUUGGAGGAUGACUUAUCGCUUUGUUGGGAAGGUGGGUUUCGGAAGGUGAGUUGCGAAUGUGAUUGCCUGGAAGCUGUUACGUUGUUUCAAGAUCGGUCAACGGAUAGGGACUACCUGCACAAGCAUUAUGAUGUUAUUCGCCGUAUUAAGUGCAUGCUAGCCCGGGACUGGGUAGUUUACGUCAAUCAUAUCCCUCGAGAAAUAAAUUCAGUAGCCCAUACGCUUGCCAAUUGUGGGGUACGGAACAUGAGUUCCAAUGUAUUUUGGAGGAGUCCUCCUGAUUUUAUCCUGUUACCGUUAGGAAGAGACUCUGUGUAUUGA